UACUUGAAAAUAUCUUCAGAUCAUGCCAGCCUAGUGGAAUAAAACAAAAUCAGACAGGCGCAAAACACAGACUCGAUCACAACACUUUAAAUAUUCAUCAUAUUCAGACCGCCAGUCUGUGCCAAGUAGAGUGACCAAUGGCUACUUCAUUGGAUACUCAAGACUCUCCAGGGGUUAGUGCAUAUGUCACCUAUUUCCUCGCUGCGGUCAUCGGUCUGCUGGUCUUCUACUACUAUAAAAAAAUGACCCAAGGAGACGAGUGGAUAAGACUUGGGGUCAAAUGUCCGAGAUUGUCUCCGUUCUUUUUCUUUGGAGAGGAUUUCAGAAAGUCGAUGAGUAGUCUGUUGGACCAAUAUGGCGACACUUUUGGAACCAGAAGUCGCUUUGGAGUCUCUUUGUUUACGACCAACUUUGACCUCUUACGUCACAUUUUUAUCAAGGACUUUAACAACUUCGUGGACAGAGGAAGCGACAUAGUCUCCCAUUCUCCCUUCGCUGAAUCGCUUUUCUUUGCCAAGGGCAGCAACUGGCGUAGACAUCGGCAGAUCAUCUCCCCUACCUUCACUUCCGGGAAGCUGAAACUCAUUGCCAAAAUUAUCGAGAAAUCCGCAGAAAACUUGACCAGUCAUCUGGAGAGAUUUGCCAAGAACGGAGAAACAGUCCCGAUCAAGGAGACCACUGGCCGGUUCACAUGUGAAGUCAUCGCCAAGACUGGAUUUGGUCUGGACGUUUCUUUCAUAGAUGAGAAAGAAUCUGAGUUUGUGGAUCACGCCAAGAAGUUCUUGUAUAACGCACAUGGACUCGGUCGCUUCAUCGUUCAACUCUUGUUCUUCAUUCACCCGACAGCUUUCAAACUUUGUAACAAAGUCUUCCGAAACACGCAGCUCUUUGACCCCGUCAGUCUCCGCUCCAACGAAUACUUCCGAACAGUCCUUAACACGACCGUGGCUCAGAGAAGGGAGACAAGGAGACAAGGGGAGAGAAAGCGACACGUUGACUUCCUGGACUUGUUGCUAGCGGCCAAUGAAGCCGUGAAGUCUGGCCACUUGGAGACAGCCACUGAGGAGGAGGACACAGCGGUGUCAUGGAAGUCCAAAAAGGCGUUAAAGGAACUGACGGACGAAGAGAUUUUGGGUCACUCUAUGUUGAUUAUAUUCGCUGGACAGGAGACUACUGCUACUGCCCUUCAGAUGUGUUUGUACUCCCUAGCUUGCCAUCAAGACAUACAGGACACAGUGUACCAGGAGAUCAUGUCCAAAGUCAAGUCUGUGCCUCCGAGUCCAGAUGAACUGACCAGCCUGACGUACACAGAGUGUGUCCUGAACGAAACAUUACGCAUGUAUCCUCCAGUUCCCAUUGUGACCAGGAAGGCCAAAGAGACAAAGACUUACAAUGGAGUGACCAUACCCAAAGGAGCAAUAGUCCAAGUUCCAUUCUUCUACAUCCUGAUGGACCCCAAGGUCUGGCCUGAGCCAGACAAGUUCAGGCCAGAAAGAUUUUUCCCUGAGGAGGUUGAAAAGAGAGAUCCGAUGGCCUUUGUCUGCUUUGGCCACGGGCCAAGAAUUUGUCUUGGCAUGAGGUUGGCCUACCUUGAACUGAAAGAGGCUUUGGUUUACAUCGUCAGAAAAUUGAAAGUCGUCCUGAAUGACCAGACGGAACCAAAGAGGGACGUGGCCAAAGUCGAAUUCACGCCACAAGGCCUUCUGACUCCUGCUAAGCCUAUUCGUCUGGCUUUUGAGUUAAGAGAAAACGCAACCAAUAAUUAAGUCAUGCAACGAAUGCAGUUUAUGAUGUGAAGACAUUCCUUCUACAGUAACAUUUACAUAAAAAGCAAAAGAGCUGGACAGUCAUUCUCCAGCAAUAUUUAUAAACUGGACAGUGGUCUCGCAAUGUUUUAUUUAAUACAUGGAAACUUGUUCUCACGUUUAAAACAUUGCUAUGUGGGCGUCUAAGGAUUAAAGAAAUCUAUGGAGAAAACAAAGUUGUUAUUACAUU